CUAAAUGACGAGUGUAAAACCAGAACCCUACUUGAAAUCCUGUGUACGUGCAGCUGCAGUGGCAGUGAAGGUGGAGAACCUCCUUCUUCCUACUACCUGCUCUGGAAACUGCUCGACGGCCAAUUGGGGGCAACCGAUACAGCAUGUGAGAGCCCUCCUGAGCACAUCAGUCACACCAGAUGUAACUGCUGUAAGGAAGUAAAAGAAACAUUUUCUGAAACUGGGAAGCCUUUUCAGAGGAAGAUGGAGAAUCCGCUUCUUUUAUUCCCUCAAGUAAACGUUUCUGCUUCAAAGGAUAAACCCUAUUACAAAGUCAUGAAAUCAACCAUUAAGGAAGAGCCACAUAAAGCAAGCAAGCCUGGAGCUAAGCAGAAGAGAAAUAGGCUGAGCCUUCUCCUGCAGAAACCUGAAUUUCAUGAAGGUGAUCAUCUUGCUAAACCUGAAAACUUGACAAAAGCAGCAAGCAGUGUGUCUCCUGAAGAAGCAGUGAAAUGGGGAGAGUCUUUUGACAAACUGCUUUCUGAGAAAGCUGGAUUGGAUGCCUUUACGAAGUUUCUGAAAACUGAGUUCAGUGAGGAAAACAUUGAGUUCUGGAUAGCUUGUGAGGAUUACAAGAAGAGCAAGACUGCACAUGAACUUUUGCCAAAAGCUAAGACCAUUUAUGAAACAUUCAUACAGAAAGAUGCUCCAAAAGAGGUGAAUUUGGACUUUCAAACCAAAGAAGUCACAAGUCAGAAUAUUGAACAGCCCAUCAUCACCACCUUUGAUAGAGCACAAAACACUGUCUACAGGCUGAUGGAGCAAGACAGCUACCCACGCUUCCUGAGAUCUGAUCCUUAUUUAAAUUUGGUUAAGGGGAGAAGUCCCAGUCGUCCUACCCUUAGGAGACGGUCACGGUCUUUCACUGUCAAUGAUUUUAAAGGUGUACGACCAGACUUUACUGUUUGGUAGCAGGGAAACUGAACCCUCAUAAAUUUUAGCUACUGCUGCAACUCAUAUGUAUUUUACAGUCCAAAUCCUUAGCAGGUGUAGAUGAGUGGAAAGCGAAGUUACAUGCACUUACACCAGGUCAGAGUUCUGUAGCCACUGAUUAAUCUUAUUAUAGAGAAGUAGGCAACAUAUUGUCAAGACAUAUCACGUAAAGCUUUCAUACAGUAUUUUUUUUAACC